CCCCAAAAUAAAAUGACAAUUCAUUUUUCGUGACUCGGGAAUUUUAUUUGUUUGGGAAAACUGAGUUUUGUCUUGAGUUUUUUACGUUAAAUCUGCACUAAUACUUGUUUUAUAAAUCAAAAGAGACACGAUGGCCACAACCCUUGAAGAUAAAUCUAUCUGGGAGGAUGGAGAAGAGGCCCUCAGUGAGGAAGUGUUGCGAAUGCCCACAGAUGAGAUUAUUAGCCGCACCAGGCUACUAGACAAUGAAAUCAAAAUCAUGAAGAGCGAAGUCAUGAGGAUUACACAUGAGCUGCAGGCCCAGAACGAGAAAAUCAAGGAAAACACUGAGAAGAUCAAAGUGAAUAAAACCCUCCCCUACCUUGUUUCCAACGUCAUAGAGCUGUUGGACGUAGAUCCACAGGAAGAGGAAGAAGAUGGCGCCGUCGUUGAUUUAGAUUCCCAGAGGAAAGGAAAGUGCGCGGUGAUCAAAACCUCCACAAGACAGACCUACUUUUUGCCAGUGAUUGGGUUAGUAGAUGCAGAAAAACUCAAGCCUGGAGACCUGGUUGGCGUAAAUAAAGACUCGUAUCUCAUUUUGGAGACGCUCCCAGCGGAGUACGAUGCGAGAGUGAAGGCCAUGGAAGUGGAUGAGCGUCCCACAGAGCAAUAUUCAGAUAUUGGAGGUCUGGAUAAACAAAUUCAGGAACUGAUUGAAGCAGUAGUACUCCCAAUGACGCACAAGGAGAAGUUCGUGAACCUCGGCAUCCACCCACCCAAGGGUGUGUUGCUGUACGGGCCCCCCGGUACUGGCAAGACGCUGCUGGCCAGGGCUUGUGCCGCCCAGACCAAGUCUACAUUCUUGAAGCUGGCUGGACCGCAGCUUGUACAGAUGUUUAUUGGUGACGGUGCUAAACUCGUCCGCGACGCUUUCGCCCUAGCCAAGGAGAAGGCACCAGCAAUCAUCUUCAUUGACGAGCUGGAUGCCAUCGGUACCAAGCGUUUCGACUCUGAAAAGGCUGGUGACCGUGAAGUGCAGAGAACUAUGUUGGAGUUGCUGAACCAGCUGGAUGGAUUCAGCUCCACAGCUGAUAUUAAGGUUAUUGCUGCCACAAACAGAGUAGACAUUUUGGACCCUGCUCUGCUCAGAUCUGGUCGUCUGGACAGGAAGAUUGAGUUCCCACAUCCCAAUGAGGAAGCCAGGGCUAGGAUCAUGCAGAUCCACUCAAGAAAAAUGAACGUGAGCCCCGACGUGAACUUCGAGGAGCUGUCCCGGUCCACGGACGACUUCAACGGCGCGCAGUGCAAGGCGGUGUGCGUGGAGGCCGGCAUGAUCGCGCUGCGGCGCUCCGCCACCGCCGUCACGCACGAGGACUUCAUGGACGCCAUCCUCGAGGUGCAGGCCAAGAAGAAGGCCAACCUCAGCUACUACGCCUAGUGCUUGUUAUGUGUCGUAUUAAUAAAUAUUU